UCUGCACCAACCGAUCAAGCGACACAACGAAUCGUUAUGUUAUCGUUGUGUUGUAUACAGAUUAUACCGAUUAUACACGAAAAGAGUGAAUGUUGUGUUUGGCCGAAUCAACGAAACCAAAUGAAACGAAUAAAUCCAAAGAAACAUUAGUAUUGCCCUAUUCGUCAAAGAGUGAAGUGUUGUUGAACGUUGCGGUACCCGGAACCCCAUUCAAUUCAAAAAGAUUUUUUUUUGUUAAAUGCAAACAAUCAUAAAACCACUUGUUUUGUUUCGUACUGCAAACAAAAAAUUAUAUUUUUGUUGUUGGUCUUCGUAUAAUAUACACACAUUUGUGCCAUAUAUACACGGUGGUCGUUCCAUAAUAAAACGGGAGAGACACCAGUGUUAAUUCUAUAUUUAGUGAUGAUUUUGAAUCAAAGAAUUAAUAAUUUUGUGAAAAGUCAAAUUUAACAAACAAAUGAGUUUCUAAAAAGACAUUCGGAUUAUAAUGUUAUAUGGUGGUGGCACUGUGUUUUAUUGAAACAAAAAAAAAAUGAAUGAAUUGACUCAGACAAAGGAGACGAAAAUUUUUAUUUUUGAAAAGAUCAUUUGAUCAUUUUGUGAAUUGACAAUAUCGCACAAUUGUGUGAGUGUCUGCAUUGAAUCAAAUUAGAUUUCAGCGUAUGAAUUUGACAAAUCAGCCAAUUCAUCGUCGAUAGUUCAUCGUCUGAUUUUGAGCAGAAAUUUAAAAGUUUUAAUUGUUCACCAAGGACAGAACAGUAGAUAUAAAUAUAGAACUCUGUGGUGCAUAAUAUGGGCAAAUUGCCAAUGAUAUUUUUCAUUUGAUUGAAUUUAAUUGAAAUUCGAGUUUAUAUAUCAGAAAUUAUCUGUUGGUUUUGAAGGUGUGUGCGCGCAUUUGGUAUGAGUAAUAAUUUGUAUUUAAUAUUUAACCAAAAAAAGAUUGAAAUAAAUAAAUAAAAACGAAUGAAACGAAAAAUCGUAAUCUUUAGCAAUGUUUGUGUAGGUUUAUUGACUUAAACAAAAAUAUUUAAACGAAAAGACGAAGAAAAAAUUAAAAAUAAAUAAAAAAAAACGAAAAAAAACAACAAUUUUAUGGCUAAAACGUUAAAGCAUUAAGUCAGCAAUAAAUUUUAUAAUAUAAAAUGCACAUAAAUGAUAAUAUUUGAAAUGGGAGAAUAUUGUUAUUUCAAACAGAAAGUGUCGUUUUAUUAAUAAAAAAAAUUAAAAUUCUGUUUGCGCAAGACGACCCGAGCGGUAUACUCUUUUUGAUGAUAAUAAAAAAAACGAAAUAUAAUAUUAACGAAGUGAGUGCGCGACUUAUAAGUAUUCGAAAUUAAAAAGAAAUAAAAAUUAAGAAAAUUUUUUAACAAAACACAAAAAUAAAAUCAUUAUUAAUCGAACAGGACACAUUGCAACAAGUUAAGCGCUUUUCAGUACUUAAAUUCCGAUAUUCGAUGCUUCUGAUUAUGGGAUAGGAGAAAGAGAAAUUGAUGAAAAAUUUACAAAAUGCCUCCACUGGAAUCCAGAACCAUCAAGUAGACCACCAAUAAAACUGUUACAUUCAGCCAUGACGCUCAAUCAUAAAUUUCAACACAAAUAUCAAAUUUAUAAAAUGGAAUGGAUGUGCAAUUGGACAACGUUACUGGUCCUGUACGUUUCAUUGAUUCUAUUGCCAUCGAUAAACACGUCAAAUAAUGCCUGUGAUUGGACUGGAAGCGGACUCAGCAACCAACAUCAAGACCGCGAAAUAGUGUCCAUAGACCUAAGAUGUUCGGCUGGAAAAAUUGUGUGGAAUUAUCCUCGGGGCGCUAUCCGGAUAAUAUUACGAAGCAAUGUUCGGUCGGCGCAUGCGGAAACCAAUUUCCGGGCAUGCCUAAAAGUGCACAAAACUCAUACCAGUCAUCUGCUGCGACAGAAUGGCACGAAAAACCAAACUUUAGCGAAUAGUGAUCUCAUAGCAGGCAAUCAAAUUGCAAGGAUAUUUUUAGAAGCACCAAAACGACUGAUAGCUUUGUACGAUGACGUCAAUGACGAACGAAUGGUGAAGUGUUUUCGCAGUAUCGGUGGACAGGUGGCGCUGUAUGUGGAAGCUGAUAAAACGCCAUUCGAGAUCAUGCAAACGACAUUCGAAUACAAUCUCGAGUUCAUAAACAACAAACGACAUUCGAUCCCAGCGCAAUUAUCGAAAGACGAUAAGAUUGACGUCGUUGGAAGUGAGUCGUUAGAGACGAACUCUGCAAAAGAUGAAAGUGAUUCGUGGUGGUGGUGGUGGAGAAAAUGGCUCCAUAGUACAAGUAGUGAUGAUAAGAAAACUAGUGAUGCUACUGUUAAGAUUGUAAAUGUAAGGAAUCGUGGCGGUUAUGUCGACGAAGAUAUAGUUGGUAGCUUCGGCGAAUCGUGGAACAUUUGCCGUCCGUGCUCUCGAGAUGAAAUGGUUGAGGCCUACUGUAGCAGUGACAUUGUGACUCGUGGCACGAUAUUUUCCAUCCAACAACAACCGUCCCUCGACACCGUCGAAAUAACCAUAAAACGUACAAAAAUUUUGCGCAACAAUAUGCAGGCCAUACAGAAUGCGGAAGACGCCUGGCGUCGUAACUACAAAGAGCAGAAAUUCAACUCAAAACGACAUCGUCGAAAGUCACCGAUUUCCAACGACAUCGACGACCAUCCAACCGAUGCGGCUGAAUUUAAAUUCCACACGCCGACGCACUGUUCACCGUCGCACGGGGAAGGUGAAUUCGUGUUCAUCGGUCGGAAACGGUUCGACGAGCUAAUGUUGAUCUGUGCUCCACGCCUGGAGGAAUGGGCGCACAUAUCGCGAACGGUCAACGAAACGAAUACAGCGCCGUGCAUUUUGCUUAGUUGAUUUUUUCGCACCGUAAUACGAUUGUCACUUCCUCCCAAAAAAAAAUGCAAAUGUCAUCGCGAUACAACCAAAAGCAAAUUUUAAUUGAAAAGAUAACAGGCGAUAAUGUUCCUGUGCGAACAUGCUAUGUAAACGAAUCGCAUUAUUGUAAUGCCGGCAUGGCAAUGUCCAAUCGUCUUACGUUGGUUUGUUAUCAGCGAUUAUGGAAAUUUUUUUGGUUGGAUUUAAGUCGGGAAGUGAAAUCUAAACAUUUUGUUGUUGUUGAUGUUUUGUUGGACUUUUAUCAAAAAGUGCGGUUUUUCGUGGAAUCGCCACAAAUGCCACACUGAACAGAAAAUUUAUUUUGUAAAAUUUUUUAUUUAGAUGUCCAACCUUAUGCGUUUGGACAGUAGGUCUUUCACUUAAAAAUUCGAUUGUGAUAUUUUUAGUUCGUUACAUUUGAUUGUAAGUUAAAUGCCAGGGUCUAGACUAGCGUUUAAGGCACCGUUUAUUAACACAUGAUAAGCAAGACUCUUAGAGUUAAUAUGAUCGUUAAGUACACUCGGGAUAUAAGCACAUUACUUUAUUAUUAAGGCAAUGAACAGUGAUUGUCCCAGUAGUUCCAGAUUUUGUACAUAAAUUUUUAGGAAUGGUUGGGCACGUCUACUUGCUUAAGCAACGGCAGCAGGGUGUGCCUGGAAUGAAUUUAAUUGAAAACUUUGGCUUGGACUUUUUUGUAAUAAGAAAUAAUUUUUAUUUGAACAGUACGAAGGCGCGAUGGGUGCUUUUUGGCAUGACAGCGAAAUUGUUAUUUCUCUUCGAACCCGGCAAAAACGUGAAAUUUGUCGCCCCUUUUUUUUAUCGAAAACCAGAGCACCCGUCACGCCUCCCUACAGUUCGAACAACAAUUAUUUCUCAUGCCCCAAAAAAGUCAAAUCCACUAAAAAAUCUCAUACGCAACAUUUUUCAAUUCAAUUCACUUCAGACACACAGUGGACAGACGAAAUAAUCUUUAGAUCUGUUACUUCUUUUGUUGAAAGUGUUGCCGACAUAAACUCUCUUAUUUCAAUAGUUUUGGCAUACAUCUUGCUAUUUAAGACACCAGAGGUCAUCGUUCACCUUUUAUUUCUUGUUGUCGAUAACAGUUAUAUCAGAAAUCACGUCAUAAUAAGUCUGCCAGAAAAUUUUAAUAUUUUCAAAUGACAGUUGGACUUCAUGUAGCAAAUGUCAAAAACUGUGCAUUAAAAUGUCGCGAUGUGCGUUAUGUGUUGAAAUGGAAGGCGCACCUACUAAACCUAGUGUUUAUUUAUGACAUCGUGUGCGGCCCCGUGUCAUAGUUACACAUCUAAAGCCUAUAAACUACUUUGUACCGAGAUUUCCACAAUGAUUUAUGCACAUUAUGAUGCUGAGUUGCAUAAAUAGCCAUUAUGUACCAAGUGCCAUAUGAAGGUAUUUAGCGCACUAGGCGUCGCGUCGAUCGGUGAAUAAACCCAAAUAACGUGGACGUUUAUCGAUUAUUUUUUAACUUUUGGCACUGUUGUAUGCUGAAAUAUUAUAAUUUGGCAUGAGGGGAGAGCACGGAGAGAAUCCACGUAUUAAGACCAAUUAACAUAUUGGAAUCCCACAAUCAUCUUCCUAGCCUCAUCAAUGAACUUGUGAUGGCUGGACUCUUUUUUAACCCUGUCGUACGUGUUUGACCAGUUCUUCUAACUUCACUCUAGCAGUUAACGCAUUUUUCAAAUGUUGUCAUUUCGUUCUCAACAAGUUGUUGUAGUAUUUUCUUCAACACGGCCACGACCUUCCCUUUGUCGGCUUCUGACAUAUACUCGCCGAGGGCAUCGUAGUCAAUAGUGUUCAGAACAUUUUGAACGGUUUUAUGUUUCACGUAAAGUAGGUACAGUCAAUGAAAGAGAAUAACGUAACUUCAUUGUUAUCGUCUGGACAAAGAAGAGUUUAGUUUUAACUUUAACGUUGAAAUGAUAACACCGGUUUUUUACUCGUAAAAAAAGAAAGCCCAUGAUUACCCUAAACAUUUGGGGUCUCAACCGGGAUUUAGUCCUUAGAAGUGUCAGCUUCAUUUUCAUCAUCCUUCUCAUACAGGUCUCCAGACUCUGUUAUGAGACGCUCCAAGUCUCCAAAGUUUCUCGACGCAUACAUGCAUUCAGGAGUACUUUUUAUGAAGCUAUUUCCCUCGUCAUCUGAGCAUUUUUAGAGCGUUUAUAGUCUCUGGAGCACCCAUCAGAUCUCGCGGUACUGAUGCAACGAGAACUUCACUAUGUAAAUGUCUCGGCAGUAGUCAUCACUCUCCAUCUACCCCGCUGCUCCAGCAAAAGAGUGUCCAGCGCGUGUCUUUCAUGUUGUGAUGAAAUAGGUGACGUGGCUUGUUGAAAUUGAUGCAACCACCAUUGAUGUAACCGUGAUUUACAGUGGAGUACAAUGAUAGCGAUUCCGAUGAUAAUCACCAAUAUAACAACUGUGAUUUGACUGGCCCAGUAUAGUGUGUGAUGCCAUUCAAUAAUGGUUCGUACCUUGUGAUUAAUUUCAUGAAAUAUUUCUGUGUUACUCAUGGUGAGGUUGAGAACAUUUAAAUUUGAAAGAUUUCCUUGAAUCAACUCGCUGAGGUUCAUAACAGGCCGAAAGUUGUUAACUGAUGUAGUUGCAAUUUGUGAAUGACCAAUUGGUAAUUUCAAAUACAAUAUUACUCGUCUUACAUUUCUCAUUUCAUGUCCUUAAACGGACACAACCCGAAAUCACUUUUCCGCUUAUCCUUUCACUACUCAAAACUUUUCUUGACACAAGCAAGCUGGUCAUCGGAAAUCUCUUUCCCGAUUUGGAACUUAUCUACUCGAUGGUCAAACUAGAACUGAACUGCAAUAUAUUUUUCAAUCACGAUCGACCUUUCGGUACGAUCGACAUUCCACAUUUUGCACACUUUUGUGUGAUCAGCAUUUUGAUGUGAGUGCAUUUGCCCU